AUGGCGACAAAAAUAAAUCUUGAUCCGAAAAUUCAAACGGAACAGCGUCUCCUGAGUGCUCUUAAUGAACAUUCGCCAAAAGACUUCAUCCAGUCACAGGGGUUGAAAAUUGCCUUUGGAGAGUUCGUCGCACGAGGAACUGUGCAAGAGCUCUGGUGUCUUAUUCCACAAACUGAAAGAGCUAGUCUCCUAGAUUUAUACUCAGCACAUACUCCCCUUGACUUGAUCGACGACAGAUGGGUUCCAACAUGUUCGGUACAAUUGUCAAAACCACUAGCAUUGGAGCCGCGAUCACCAGAGCCAACAUUGGAGAAGCAACCAUCAAUACUAUCAUCAACACCACCAUCAGACUCGUCAUCAGAGCCACCAUCAGAACCACCAUCGAAGCCGGUAUCAUCAGAGCCGGUAUCAUCGGAGCCACAUUCAUCAGAACCACCAUCGAAGCCGCUGCCGCGAGAUAUUCCCAGCGAUAUUAAGAUCCAAGUCAACCGGUUAUUCAAAACAAUUAACGGUUUUCGAACCCCGCUUCCUAAGGAGACUUACGAAAAGUUGUGGACAUAUAAGGAGGGGAUAUUUGGAAAGCCAGCAAAGGGAAUUGCCGAGCAGGCUCUCAAUCUACAACAAGGUCGUCGUAGGAUAAAGACUGGCACUUCCGAAUAUGACUGCGCUUCACGCUUUAGCCUGCUUUUAUUAGCUCACUUUGUAGACCAUAUCGCAAGCUGGCCAACCACCACCAAGUUGACAUCGGGUCAAAAUCGACUUUCAAAUGCUUUCAAGAUAUUUGCCGGCAUGUCCAAUACUCCUAUUUAUGAAGUGAAAGAUGAUUACGCUAGAACGAAGCGCUACUGCGAACUAAUUGAGGCGGAAGGUCCUAGAACUCUUCUCGAAAUUGGACCUGAUAUGUCGGCGAUGUGGGAAAAGAAAUUAAUCAAACAAGACGUAAGAGAUGUCCUCCAUUAUAGAGAAAUCCGACGACAUGAGCAACGGCAAUGCGCAGGUUUCUCGAGCAAAGAUUUUGCCAAAGAAAGGCAAAUCCAGAACCAAGUCGCUGCGAACGUUAUAAUUGAUGGCCUUCAGGCUAAUGGUUGCACCAAAACCGAUUUCUUUUCGAGCAACACACCGUUGAUGCAGAUAGUUACACAAUACCUAGCAGGUCAAAUUGACAGUGUGACCCCGUCUAAAAAGCGAAAACGUGGAGGCUCAAUAAUGCUGACGAUAAUACAAGAUCACUCGGGCCUACCACGGGGUAGAGGAUCUGAAGAUGCAGAGAGACAUAUGUCAAACGAUGCCCAGCUCACACCUCCCCUGGACAGACGUACAACUAUUCGUGAGACGACGGAUGGGCGCAUUGGAGAAUUGCUUCUUGCUGCCGCUCUGUGUGACAGCUUAUCUCAAGAGCAAGGCCAAUAUCACGGUUCGCAGGAAUCUACUGCCGUUACUGGGAAAAACUUUGGGCCUGGUUUACAAACUUCAAACUCAAGUCAGGAAGCUGCUACCAUCAACCAACAGCAAAAUCCCGAGAAUGGCACUCGUCAGAUCAAAUCAACGUCACUAGAAUCUGUACGAUUUGACUUGGAGGUCCGUGAGGUCCGCGCCGAGAUAGAAUCAUAUCCUACAAAUGGAAAUCAGCAAGGUCUAAAUUAUUUUAUCAGUGGUGUGUCGGAUCCCGCUGUGGAGGGCAUAAGCCGAGAACAAUUGAUGCAGAAUGUUUCAACGUCAUUUCCUGCAAUUGCUAUGCCAGGUCCCGGUGACAGCACAAACUGUACUUUCUAUCCGGCUUGCUCUUUUUCGUUACUUGGGAGUGGGUCAGAAUAUCCUAAGGCGCUAAAUGCUGGCAACAAUCCGAACACACUUUGUACCUACUACAACACCCUGGACACUCUUGGUACCUAUGACCAGACGGCCUUGAGUUACAACAAUACAAAUGACGUCAGGAGCUUCAACCUUGACUACUACUUUGCAAGCUACUUUAAGAACCUAUAUCAAAAAGACAACACUCCAUAUAACUGGGAAGAAUACAGCCCGCUUCCGCCAGUAGACUCCCAACCAUACCCAGAUCAGUCGAUAUGA